CAAGACACACUAGGAAACACCGCGAAGAGAAACUCCAUAAUCUUCCUUAAUGGAACUGUACGGCUAUAAUAACCUGCCUCAGCUACUUUUGAGCUCGCUUUGCUUAUGAAAACGGCAAAAAUAUUACUAGUAUCUACUUUUCUCUCUCUAAAAAACUCUCUCUCUAUAUGUAUAUGUAUAUAUAUAUAGAUAUAAAAAGCUCAUUGUUCGUCAACUGAUGGUGGAAGGAAGAGAUCUCUGGAACUUUCAGAUGAAAGUAAGGAAUACUGGAAACACUGUAAUUUCUAGGGUUUGAAUAUUUGUUGGAAGCUCAAUAUAGUCUAAAUGAUUCCAAAUUUGAAAUCUAGGCAACCAUUUCAUUUGAUUUUGAGUUCUUAAUUCAUCAGAUCAACAACUGAGCUUUGUUCUCUCACCCCUCUCUCUCUAUCUAUGAAGCAGUCCAAAGUCAUGUAUCAGCUAAUUGUUGUAUAUUGUGUUUUAUAUCAGAUACAUUAUGCUGAAAUCUGAGUGAACCAAAGAGAUCAAUUUUCUGUUUAGUGCAAAUUAUUGUAGAUUAAUAGUUGUUUGUUUAUCAGGAAAGUUCGUGUACAAAAGUAAUUUAGUGGCAAUUACUGCAUUAAGUUGUUUGUUUGGUUGCUUGGAAAGUGAAGGAAAAUGGCAAUUGCAAAUUCGAGGGAGUGUCUAAUUUGUUCCUAAUUUUCUCGGGAGAAAAAAAAAAGGGGUCAAUUUGUUUAUAUUAGAUUAUGAAAAUGACGGGUGGUCGGAGGAGAAGGGUGCAUUUUAGCAAACUCUACAAUUUCUCAUGUUUUAAGUCUUCGUUUAGAGAUGAACAUAAACAAAUUGGGAAGAAAGGUUACAAUAGGGUUGUGUAUUGUAAUGAUCCUGAACAGCAAACAGCUCAACCUAGCUACAGGGGUAAUUAUGUUUCCACGACGAAGUAUAAUGCUAUUAAUUUCAUUCCAAAGUCGUUGUUUGAGCAGUUUAGGAGGGUUGCAAACAUAUAUUUUCUUGUUGUAGCUUGUGUUUCCUUUAGUCCAUUGGCACCGUAUUCGGCUAUUAGUGUUCUUGCCCCUCUGGUGGUGGUGAUUGGAGCUACUAUGGCUAAGGAAGCCGUGGAGGAUUGGAGGCGUCGAAAGCAGGAUAUAGAGGCCAACAAUCGAAAGGUCAAGGUUUAUGGUAGGAAUAAUACUUUCUAUGAAACCAAAUGGAAGCAAUUACGAGUUGGCGAUCUUGUUAAGGUGUGCAAGGAUGAGUAUUUCCCUGCUGAUCUGGUUCUGCUUUCAUCAAGCUAUGACGAUGGGAUUUGUUAUGUUGAGACAAUGAACCUUGAUGGAGAGACUAAUCUAAAGUUGAAGCAUGCUUUGGAGGCGACGGCCUCUCUGUGUGAUGAAAGUUCCUUUCAGCAAUUUAAAGCAGUGAUCAGGUGUGAGGACCCAAAUGAAGAUCUUUAUUCCUUUGUUGGAACUUUAUACUAUGAUGAUCAACAGUACCCACUUUCCUUGCAACAGUUUCUUUUAAGAGAUUCUAAACUUCGGAACACAGAUUAUAUCUACGGUGUGGUGGUUUUUACUGGUCAUGACACAAAAGUAAUGCAGAAUGCUAUAGAUCCUCCUUCUAAGAGGAGUAAGAUUGAGAGGAAAAUGGAUAAGAUAGUCUACCUCCUUUUCAGUAUUCUAGUUUUGGUAUCUUUUAUUGGAUCUUUCUUUUUUGGAAUUGAAACUAAGAAAGACGUUCGUGGGGGAAAAUAUAGAAGGUGGUAUCUUCGACCAGACGAUACAACUGUGUUUUAUGACCCUAAAAGAGCUGCGCUGGCAGCAUUUCUUCAUUUCUUGACAGGCCUUCUGUUGUAUGGGUAUUUAAUACCUAUUUCAUUAUAUGUAUCCAUUGAAAUUGUAAAGGUUUUGCAGAGUAUAUUCAUUAACCAGGAUCGGGAUAUGUAUUAUGAAGAAACAGAUACGCCAGCACAUGCACGAACAUCUAAUUUGAAUGAGGAACUUGGUCAGGUUGAUACUAUACUGUCUGACAAAACAGGUACAUUGACGUGCAACUCCAUGGAGUUUGUUAAAUGUUCAAUAGCAGGCGUUGCUUAUGGACGUGGUAUGACAGAAGUGGAGAGGGCUUUGGCCAGGCGAAAAGGAGAUGGGCCAGUUGAAGUUAGUGAUACUUCCUCUGAUUUACCAGGAAACAGUGGUGAUAUUGUGGGCUCAGGAAAGUCAAUCAAGGGUUUCAACUUCAAAGAUGAACGUAUUAUGAACGGUAAUUGGAUUCAUGAACCUCAUGCGGAUGUCAUACAGAAGUUCUUUCGAGUAUUAGCAAUUUGCCAUACAGCCAUUCCUGAGGUCAACAAGGAAUCAGGUGAAAUUUAUUAUGAAGCUGAGUCACCAGACGAAGCUGCCUUUGUCAUAGCCGCAAGGGAACUUGGCUUUGAGUUCUUUGAAAGGAAACAAACGAGCAUCUCAUUGCUCGAAUUAGAUCAUGAGACUGGUAAAAAGGUUGUUAGAUCAUACAAGCUUCUUCAUGUCUUAGAGUUCAGUAGUGCUCGUAAAAGGAUGUCUGUGAUUGUGAAGAAUGAAGAGAAUCAAUUGUUGCUCCUUUGCAAGGGUGCGGACAGUGUAAUGUUUGAAAGGCUCUCUAGAGAUGGACGAGUGUUUGAGGCCGAGACCAAGGAUCAUAUCAACCAAUAUGCUGAGGCAGGAUUACGCACCUUGAUAAUUGCAUAUCGCGAGCUUUGUGAAGAGGAGUAUGUGUUGUGGGAACAGGAGUUUUCACAGGCCAAAACUUCUGUCAAUGCAGAUCGAGAUAUAUUGGUGGAUGCACUUGCUGACAAGAUUGAGGGGGAAUUAAUUCUCCUUGGUGCCACGGCUGUUGAGGACAAACUGCAAAAGGGGGUUCCCGAAUGCAUUGAAAAGCUUGCAAAGGCAGGGAUUAAGAUAUGGGUCUUAACUGGUGAUAAGAUGGAAACUGCAGUUAAUAUUGGGUAUGCUUGCAGCCUACUAAGACAAGAAAUGAAGCAGAUUGUGAUUACAUUGGAUUUGCCAGAUAUAAAUGCCUUGGAAAAAAAAGGAGACAAGGAGGCCAUUGAAAAGGCUUCAAGUCGGAGCAUAACAAAUCAAAUAAGUGAAGGAAAAACCCAACUUAAUUCAGCUAAAGAAAGUUCUGUCACAUAUGGUUUGGUAAUUGAUGGCAAGUCCUUAAAUUUUGCCCUCAAAAAGAAUCUGGAGAACUCAUUUUUGGAGCUUGCAAUUAAUUGUGCUUCUGUUAUUUGCUGCCGCUCCUCGCCUAAACAGAAAGCUCUUGUUACGAGAUUGGUAAAAUCGGGAACUGGUAAGACAACACUCGCAAUUGGUGACGGGGCAAAUGAUGUUGGAAUGCUUCAGGAGGCUGAUAUUGGAGUUGGAAUUAGUGGUGUUGAAGGGAUGCAGGCUGCCAUGUCAAGUGAUUUUGCAAUAGCUCAAUUCCGUUUUCUCGAACGAUUGUUGUUGGUACAUGGCCAUUGGUGUUACAGGCGAAUAGCAAUGAUGAUAUGCUACUUCUUCUACAAGAACAUCACAUUUGGCUUUACUCUAUUUUGGUAUGAGGCCUACACUUCUUUCUCUGGCCAACCUGCUUAUAACGAUUGGUACAUGUCGUUCUACAAUGUCUUCUUCACUUCACUUCCUGUGGUUGCUCUCGGAGUUUUUGAUCAGGAUGUUUCUGCACGACUUUGCCUCAAGUAUCCUUUGCUAUAUCAAGAGGGAGUGCAGAACAUCCUCUUCACUUGGUUCCGAAUACUUGGUUGGAUUUUGAAUGGGGUUAUCAGUUCCAUGAUCAUCUUCUUCCUAACUGCUAGCUCCUCCAUACAUCAGGCUUUCCGGAGAGAUGGCCAUGUAGUUGACUUUGAAAUCCUGGGGGUCACGAUGUAUACUUGUGUAGUGUGGGCUGUGAACUGCCAAAUGGCACUCUCCAUUAACUACUUCACUUGGAUCCAGCACUUCUUCAUCUGGGGCAGCAUUGCCUUCUGGUAUGCAUUCCUAGCAAUUUAUGGUUCUCUAUCACCAACGGUAUCAACAACAGCAUACAAGGUUCUUGUGGAAGCCUGCGCACCAAGUCCUUUCUAUUGGAUGGCCACCCUUCUUGUUGUUGUUUCCACUCUGCUGCCUUAUUUUUCGUACAGGGCUUUUCAGACACGGUUUCGACCAAUGUACCAUGACAUUAUUCAAAGAAGACGAUCUGAAGGUUCGGAGAUUGAGGCUUCUGGUGAGUUGCCUAUCGGGGUCCAGAACAAAAUGAAGCAUCUAAAGCGGAGUAUGCGGGAAAGGUAGUCAUGAAAGAGGGUAUACUUUCUAAAUCAUGUAAUUAUUAUGGGUUCUUUGUUUUCUGUAUUUUUGAAUUCGCAAUUGAAACAUAGGUUGGAUGGUGAAUGCGGAGACGAGAUUUGUGUACCACUUACAAUGUAGAUAUGCAAUGUAAAGCCAAGGUAUUAGGACAUCAAGGGCAUGUCCUUGUUUCUCCUAUGCUUUUCAAUCAUCCUACUGUCUUAUAAAUGAUCAUGUGAUAUAAGCAUCUUUGACAGUAUGUCUAUAUUUGAAUUGAAAGAAAGCCAUUCCAA